GUAAACUGUGUUCUGGUGUUUGUUCAGUCCAACGGGAGCUGUGCUCUUGAGAACGUCAGAGGAAUCGGUCACAAGUCAAUCGUUCGCUCUGAGAGUUGUCCGACUGGAGCUGCUAGUUACAGUAAAGAGCGCACGGUGGGAAAAGUUUCAUCAGCCAUAGAUGCUAAAGCUCAGUUACUGGCCAUCCUGUAUGAGACAGACCACAGGCCCAAUAGCACUCCGUGCGUGGUGCGUAAGGACUUCUCUGCCGGGCUCGGCGGCAGCGACAUCUGCCACUUCUGCACCAAGCGAGUGUACGUGAUGGAGAGACUGAGCGCCGAGGGCUAUUUCUUCCACCGCGAGUGUUUCCGCUGCGACGUCUGUAACUGCACCCUCCGACUGGGAGGACACACCUUCGACUCUCAGGCGGCAAAGUUCUACUGUAAGAUGCAUUACGCCCAGCGUCAGUCCUGCUCUCACUCGGACAGGUUCAGGAGGAGAAUGGACGACCAAAACCGCGUCACACCCUUGUCGCUGGACGGUGGGAGCUACUUGGAGACGGGCAGCGGCCAGAUCCAUCCCCCAGGUACCCUGGUUUCCUUGCUAAGGCGAGGCCUGAGCUGGCCGAGGCGUGCCAGCCGGGCCGUGUGUGUGUUGCCUCGACGGCUGUUGGAAAGUGUGUGUGAGUCUGCCUCAGUUGUGGGGUCCCACGUCAGAAGCUACUCACAUGACUAUGUGUUCCUGUACGAGCUGCUGAGCCUGGGCUGUCCUCUGCUCUGCAUGAUGCACGAGGUGCUGGGACAGAUCUACCAGGAGCUCUUUUAGGAGGCGGGACUAACGAAGGGCUCAGUUUAACCUGAUAGGAGCAGAUUUGAGUUUGUUCUCUUGUGUUGCCCCCAAAACCAAUGAAUCAACUGAUAAACAGUAAAUUUGGCACCAAAUGACAUCUUUACUUGCUACGUUUCCAAAUGUUUAUGGUCAUUUUUUACUUUUGUGUUUUUGAAAUCAUCAGUAUUUUGUAAAGCAACUUAAAUAGUUGCAACACAAGAUUAACUUCCACAGCUUGUGUUCUGUGCCCGGGGUUCAUGGUCGCUGUCGGUCCACCGCUCUUGUCUGAGCAACAAAAUCAGACGCUUCCUGUAAAAUCUGUUACCAUAGUAACCUGGAACACGCCCUGGGACUCUAACCUUUCAGAAACCGCCUGUGUCCAUGUCACUGAACUAAACUGACGUGGGAUUGAUCCUUGUGGUGUUGUGACGUCACGCUGACUGUGACGUCUAUCGCCUGCUGCACCUUAACUCACCCACGGAGACGUGCAGCGGAAAUGCCAAAACAGUAUUUUUUUUUUUUUUUUCCUAUCAGUUUUAUUUCAGGGCACAGAUAUUUUGAAUAUUUA